GUUUUGACAGUGACAACUGUCAAAGACGUCUUAAAAUGAAAAUAAUAUUUUAUAUGGUGCUCUAUUAAAUAACAUAAAACUCAGAAAGAAAAUAUAAAUGUUUGCCACAAUUUUGUAAGAAUAUGGCAUCAAAACUGCCAAAGAGUGCCUUAAACUUAAAACAGUUUCUUCUUCGACAGGAAGUACUAAAACUAUACAGAGAAAUCUUCCGCACAUUGAGGAAAAUUCCUGAUGCAUCUACUUGUCAAGAACUAAAAGAGUGGGCAAGAACAGAUUUUAAAAGCAAUAAGCAUUGUACUGACGAAACAUCCAUAAAGUCUAUGUUACAUUAUGGAAAGAAAUCAUUAAAGGACCUCCAAAGAUCACUUGCCCUUAGUGAAAGUUAAUACAGUGAAACAAAUUUAAAUGUAGUUUAGUUUAUUAUUACUAUUACCAGUGUGAUGUUAUUUAUAAGCAUAAACUUAUUAUGCAGAGUGUUUAAUUUACCUAAAACCUAUAUAUAAACCUUGA